GGACUAUUUAACAGAGUAGACCAGAGAUACUUCCUCUGUAUUCUGGGAGUAGUGUGUCUUCAUAUGUCACAGGGACGCCCUCAAGUGGAGGAGAGCGGUGUAACAACACAGCCUAAGGUUAAGUUUCGUUUUCCAUUCAUCAGAACUGAAACUCCUUGGAUGAAAUGAAACUUUCCUACCGCCCUGAACUCAUCCGCCGUUGUCCUCCCCAGCCGCAGUCUUGCUUGGACGUGGAAGUGAACAGGAUGGGCGACAAAACGAUGGAGACCGAAAUAUUAAAGAUAAUCUGCUGCAAUCAAGGAGCAGUUGACACUAAAUUCUUAAUAUCAAAUCUCGGACUCGGAGAUUCUACCUCUGAGAUCUUGAAUAACCCGGAGAAAUUCGCUUUUUGUUGUCCAUACGGGCAGCCAAAGGUGGUGGCCAGGACCAGCCUGAGACUGUGCAGACCCAAAGUUUGUCCGGGAUCAUGCCAGAGCCUGCACUUGUGCAAAAGUCUCCUCCUCAACGGAUCUUGUCAAUUCGCUUUGAUGAGGUAAAUAUAUUCUGAUUGAUUUAAGAGCUAGACAGGUGAUAUAUGCUGUUAUUUAAUGGGAAUGUGAACAAUAAAAUAUCAAAUUUUAAGUUUCUGUUUAUCAGG